UCCCAGAAGCAGCCACCGCCUGAGAAGUGGAGACAGUGAGCGGCACUCCGGCCCCUCCCGUUCGUUGUCUGACUUGCUGGCGCAGGUCGGAAAGAUGCUGUCCUGCCGUCUCCAGUGCGCCCUAGCCUUGCUCUCCGUCGCCUUGGCGGUGAGCAGCGUCUCCGCGGCGCCCUCGGACCCGAGACUCCGGCAGUUCCUGCAGAAGUCACUGGCUGCGGCAGCGGGCAAACAGGAACUGGCGAAGUACUUUUUGGCAGAAUUGCUCUCAGAACCCAGCCAGCCGGAAAAUGAAGCCCUGGAGCCCGAGGACCUGUCCCGAGGCGCAGAGCAGGAUGAAGUGAGACUGGAGUUGGAGCGAUCGGCUAACGCCAACCCCGCCUUGGCGCCCCGAGAACGCAAAGCCGGCUGCAAGAAUUUCUUCUGGAAAACGUUCACAUCCUGUUAGCUUUGGGAGCCGGCCGCCGCCCCUGUUCCCCCCCAUCCCAAGCAAGCCCUUCAUGACAGGAGCCGAAGACUGUAAAUAUACAAUCCAUGGUUAUGGUGAAAUUUAAACAACCACCGAAAUAAUUGCGUUGAUUGCCACUUGUUUUAAUAAAACUUUCCGUUCGAUUGUACCUGCGUUGUGAUUUCUGACCAGUUCUUUCCGACAGGCGCUCUGCAGUCCUCCCACAUGUACCAGUUUUAGUUCCUUGUCGCAAUAAAGUUUAAGUUUCAAACGGUG